AUGUUCUUCGCGCUUGCUUCUGCAGCGGAAGAGAUGAUCCAGGUUUUGAUGGGGACGAUACUUGUAUUCGUCGGCUUCUCUUAUUUAUGCUUUCUAUCAUUUGGACACCAGCUGGAGGCAUACUCAACUCUCAAGGAUUCCUUUAUUUCCACGAUUAUGCUCACAACGGGUUUUUACCCCCUAUCGCAACUCUUCCACGCGAAUGGUCUCAUAGCUGGGGCCUUUGUUUUCCCCUAUCUCUUUUUCAUGGGCGUGAUUUGUUUCAGUUUCUUCCUGUGCGUUCUGCUCCGAUCGCUGGCGUUCCGCUCAGCUGAAAUCAAAGAAAUGGAGAGGCUUGGGAAGAUUGAGCAUCGUUCACUACUUGAAUCGGUGCGUAUCUUUUUUGCGGGUCUUCUCUGCAAAUUUGGUUCAAAGAAAGCAGUGCAGCAGCAGCAGCAGGAACAAGAAGAUUCAAUGAAUUUCGGAAGGGCGACGGCCACUGAGCAACAAGAUGAGGCAGAUGAGCUGCGAAAGAUACAGGAGGCCGGAAGGAGGCGAAGGGAGAAGCCGCUGAAAGUUGUGGAACUGCCUCCCGAUGUGGUCACCAGUGCCCUAUCCGACGAGCAAUAUGCUGCGUUGCCAGAUGAAGUUCGUGUAUAUGCAGCUCAAGAAGCAGCUUUCUUUAUUGACAGGUUCCGCACGAUGGCAACUCAGUUGAGCCUUGGCAGCGGCAACAUGGUUUCUCUCCUCCACCAGCUAGAGAACGAGACGUACACAGAAGUCUUCAGGCUUUCGCACGAAGUAGCCCAACAAGAGGGCCAUCUGCGACAUGAACUGUCAGUUUACACUUCUCAGGUGGUCAAUGGGCAGCAGAGGCUGACAGCUUAUAUAAAAUACAUUGAAAAGGCACUGCAAGACAGGGAAGGGGAACUCCAGUUACAAAAGCGGGAGCUGAAUAUUCUCGAGUCCCGAAUGGAGGGUGAUCUACAAGAAACUGACAGGCUUGAAGGUCGUCACUGA